UGCUUUGGACAGUACCAAGUGCAACCAGAACCUGCCAGAUAGCUUGUAUUAGUAGUGGCCUUUUAUUAGUAUUGGCCUUUUAUUAGUAGUGGCCUUUUAUUAGUAGUGGCCUUCAAAAUGGAAAGAGUUAAAAGCGAGGCGGAGGUUUCAGCAUUUAUUUUGAAAGACCUUUCAUCGUCCAAAUGAAAACUACUGAUGAUUAUUGAAGACAUUCUCAGGCCUUAGAUGCCAAUGACAGGAUAUUAAAGGUGAUAAGUGGUGCCUAAAAGAGUUCAGCAUUACAGUGGAAUCCUAACUGACGCCACACCCAUGAAGCGGAAUGACCUGAGGUGGUGAAGACAAGAGGAUUAAAUGACAAAGAACUUUAUUUGAUAGACAUUUCCUGGUGCUCUGGGCUUUUUCACACUGGUCCACAUUCCAGCAGAGCCAACCGUAUAAAAGGAAGACACAUCACCCGUGCCAAGGUAAGAAGACACACCUUUACCUUGUGAUGGCCUCUGCUCUGCGGGUGUUGCUGCUCCUCUGUGGACUGUUGGCUGGAGCUGCGUCUGAUGGCAGUCCAAAAGUUAAUUGCUGUCCUGAUGGCUGGACUCGAUUGAAUGAUCGCUGUUACAUCGUACAAACUGAACCCAAGAACUUUGUAGACGCAGAGAAAUGCUGCAACGAGGCUCUGGGGAACUUGGCCUCAGUCAGCAGAAGUCUGGUAAAUGUGCUUGUGGAUCAACUGGUCCAGGCGGCGGGUGAAGAUGGAGCCUUCAUUGGAUUCCAUGACACCUUGGAGGACGGAAACUUUCUAUGGACUGAUGGCACCGACUUCCAGUUUGACAACUUUGAAGCUGGCGUGACCCUCCUGGAGGACGGCUGCGGCUUCCUCACCGCUGACAGUGGCGUCUGGUCGGUGGUGGACUGCAACGCGGAGGAAGCUUUUGUCUGCAGCACACAAGUCUGCUGCCACUAAUCCUCUCAGCUAUAACUCAAUGUGUUGCCAUACUUUUACCUAAUUAGUCUGCUGACGUGUGCACUAACAUAUUGUGUCAUUAUUUUCACAAUCACAAUCAGAACACUUUUAUUGCCAUUGUUUGAGAACGGGUUCACAAACUAGGUAUUUUUCUUGGUGCCACAUAAAACAUAUAAGACAUAUUUGGUAAUAAAAAGCUGAAACUGAGCUAUCACAUCUUGGUGUAGACUUAGAAGGAAUUGAAGGAGCUGCUGUUAGGAGUUAUUGUUCAUGUGCCUGAUGGCCGAGGGGAAAAAACUGUUCAGGUGUUUUUGUACACAUUAUGAGGGACAAGCGGUAUAAAAUGGAUUUUUAAUCUACUUGUUCAUUUACUGUUAAUAUCUGCUUAUUUUGCAUUUAUUUUCUGCGAUGAGGUGGCGACUUGUCCAGGGUGUACCCCGCCUUCCGCCCGAAUGCAGCUGAGAUAGGCUCCAGCACCCCCCGCAAACCCGAAAGGGACAAGCGGUAUAAAAUGGAUGGAUG